GUAUAAAAGGGGACAUGGAGCCGAGAAAGACUGCAUAUGGGCUGGGAUUCAAAACCACAAGGAUGAAGACGAUUGCAGUCCUGAUUCUUGCGUUCAGCUGCUGUCUAUGUGAAGUGCAAGUUAAUGAAAACAAUGACAGAGUCCAUCAGUGCAAAGGAUCAGCCGGCUGCUGUGAGAUCUACUCCCUCACUUCCAUAACCCAAAACCUGGGAGCAGUGGAAGAGAAAAUCACAAACAUGGCAGAAAAAAUAACACUCCUGGAGAGCAAGUUGCAAAACGCGGAAAAAGAAGUCCUUGAACUACGGAGCCUUACUGCAGGCACGCCUCAGGUGGCCUUUUCUGCAGCUCUCAGGGACUCUGGCUCUGGAAACAUUGGACCUUUCACCACUGCUACCACACUGCAGUACAAGAGGGUCUUCUCAAACACUGGAAAUAGUUACAAUCCCUCAACAGGCAUUUUCACCGCAAUGGUCAAAGGAAUGUACUUCUUCCGAUUCACAAUGUUCAACAACUUCAAUCCUGCUCCCAACUCUGUUGUGAGCCUCAAGAAGAACAGUCAACUCCUGACAUCUGUCUGGGACACCUCAGGGUCUGACAUCAACGACACGGGCAGUAACGCUGUGGUCAUCCCCCUCGAGGUGGGGGACAAUGUGUAUGUAGAGCUCCAGGCAAACAGGAUGGUCUAUGAUGAUGCUAUGAACUACAACACCUUCAGUGGUUUUCUGCUCUUCACUAUGUAAUUUAAACUGUUUCAGAUCUGCAUGGCUCUUCAUACUUUUGCAGUGACAGAAAUAUAUCACUUUAUUCUGGUAUCUUGGAAAAUGGAGUCUGUGACACUGCCAUGUAUGUGUUUACCUGUGAACAGUAAAUUAGGAGACAUUUUCUUUCCGCUGUAUUAAUCACAUGUGUAUCAUACUAAAUACCAAGCUUUAAUGUGCAAUGUCUGUAUGUGUAAAUGUAUAAAUGACACUGGGGCCAGGGGGCCGGCUGGAUAUCCACUACAAGGGACAGCUGAUAAAAAAUAAUGUGUUUGAAAAAAAAAAAUAUUGCAACAUGA